AUGGUAAAAUGUCAGACGGAUCCGACGGCUUCCGCAACUCCGACGGCUACCGCAACUCCGACGGCUACCGCAACUACGACGGCUGCCGCAACUACGACGGCUGCCGCAACUACAGCAGCAGCAACCCCAGCCCCAACCGCCGCUGCGACAACUACUGCAGCUUCAUCAACCUCUAGUACCGUACGCAGGCAGCUACCGCCAGAGGGAGAAAAUGGUUCAGAAACUGAAGAAAUACCCGAAACACCUCGUGAUAAUAAUGUUCCAGAUUCGAUUUGGGAUAACAUAUUAGAGGCGAUAGAGAAGGCAAUCGAAAGACGAUCAGGGGAUCUAGAGUCUACCGAAGAACGCGGCGCAGAACCUGAAACCCCUCCAGAGACUGUGGACAAUAAUCCAGCCUCAGAUUCAGAUCAAGAAGAUCCAAAUUCAAAUGGUGGUUCUGUUCCAGAGCAUCCGCCAGAGGAAGAAAAUGAGCUACCACCAGAGGGAGAAAAUGGUUCAGAACCUGAAGAAAUACCCGAAACACCUCGUGAUAAUAAUGUUCCAGAUUCGAUAUGGGAAAAAAUAUUAGAGGCGAUAGAGGAGGCAAUCGAAAGACGAUCAGGCGAUUUAGAGGCUAUCGAAGCAUCCGAGACAGAACCUGAAACCCCUCCAGAGACUGCAGAAUCUAAUCCGGAUCCAAAUUUAGAUCAAGAAUCAGAGCCAACUGUCGCUCCAGUUUCAGAGCCCCAAACUGACCCAGAUUCAGAGCCUACAGAGCAACCGACAGAACCAAGUAUUGAAACACAAGCAACAACAAUACCCUCAACAGUAAGCUGGGUACCAGGAUGGGGUGGAGCAGGACCUGCACGGGGUAUACAAGGUGGUUGGGGAGUACCUGGACUACCUGGACUACCUGGAGGAUUUGGAGGACGUGGACAUUGGGGCAAAGAGGAGCGUCCCGCAACGUGUCGAAGGCGGUCGUAUAUGCUGUUGGCUGGCGAUGGCGUCGGCGACGGCGGUGUUGGCGGUGGCAAUGAAGGAGCGAUGCCAUCGCUUGUGGCAUUCAAUGAAGCAGGUUCAACGGCUGGCGAUGGCGUUGUCGGUGUUCAGUUUCAAUUGUGCUCGUAA